AUGUCAGCAGCGGAGAUAUUACCUCUAGAGAUAAUCGACAAGACGGUUGGACAGCCUAUAUGGGUGAUGCUAACGUCGCAUCGCGAGUUUACGGGCACGCUAGUGGGGUUUGACGACUUUGUGAACAUUGUUCUGGAAGAUGUUGUGGAAUAUGACCGUGAUCACGAAGUUAAAAGACACGCGGGCAAGAUGCUGCUGAGUGGAAACAACAUAUCUAUGCUCGUGCCAGGUGGCAAGCCAGAGUAG